AAAGUUAAUGCGCAUUGAGUACACUGUAAGAAAUCAUGGCAAGUGAACGAUUAAAGCGUCUACCAAAGCGCAACUGAGCAAGCGCACUCAAGUGACAAAAGUUGCAGAAACCUCAACGGGAAAACAUUGACAAAUUGUUGUUAUUGUCGUUGCUGGCAUAAUGCGUGUCUGGGGCAAUUACAAGCUUCGUGUGGCACAUCUACAAUAAUGAAGGCAUAGUUAGCGCCGCUUGCUACAGUUAACCACAGACAGCCAUGGCAACAAGUUUGUCGCUGCUCUUACCGCUGCUGCUGUCUAGUCUGGGACAACCGACAACAGCAGACGUUAUGGAUAAUGUGAAUGACGGGCUUAAGCUGGCAGGUCAAAUGUUUGGCAUCAAUACAGCCGCGGACGUGGCUAAUCUGGUAGCUAAAGCCUUCUCCAGAGUAGCCACGAGCAAGAAACCUGCUGAUUUGCUAAAUACAUUCCAACAAGGCUUUGGGGCACAACAAAACGAGCCAGCGGAGGAUCAGUCGGAGCAGCAAUCGGAUCCUGAAAAUGCACAGGAGACGCCGCCAGUAGACGAAGCUCCUCGACGGCGUCCGGCUGAGUUCAGCAGCGUCCAAAUGCUGUCGAAUAUAAUGCGCAUGAUUGGCUUCGAUCCACGUAAGCUCGGAGCUUUGGCGCUUAAUGCUAUCGUGAUGAUUGCACAGGCGAUUGGGAGCACUAUUAUGCAAGCAACUGCUAACCGCGACACAGGACCCGAGGCAAUCUUCGAGCCCAUCGAGCAUCAGCCGCGUGCCUUCAACUCAGACAACCCAAUCGACUGGUUCAUGCAACGACCCAGCACCCAUACGCAGCGUAUGCUGCGUCGCAUUAUGGAUCGCCAACUGCCUGAGCACAUUGUGGACAUGAUUGAGGCCAAGGAGAAUGCAGAUCAGGGCGGCAACGAGGCCGCCUGCCUCAAGUUGCUCAUGUGCAAGAGCACGCCCAUUAUUUGGGGCAUGCAGGACUCGCUGAAGAAACGUUUGGCUGGCGAGCCCGAGAAACUUGACGAGAGUGCAUAUUUCAAUGCAAAUGGGUUCUUUAAGUACUUGCCCAGCUUAGAUGAGUUCAGGCAACACAGCCAGGGCUGCGAGGCACGUUUCGCCCAACACUGUCAUCGCAAUGAAACAUUGGGAAGGGCAUAAAAAUUGCAUACAAUCGCUAACAUAACACAACGUUUUUUGUUUUUAAGUCUAUAUUUAGUCUUGCCAAUAAAAAAUAUUUUUGGUUUCGUAAUUAGUUCGACGCUUGAAUAAACUACUGAUAAGCGCAUUAGAGAGACUGGACCUAAUGUUCCAUGAAAUGACCUCUAAAAUAGGCGCAUACCGUACAUUUGUAAUCAGCUAGGUUUCUACAUCGAAAUACUAUUUGUCAACCUGGGCAAAUUCAAAUGGAUUAGGCAACAAUGCACCUUAGUAGCUUAUCUUAUAAGCAACUGCGUUAUUUAAAUUUUACAAGAUAAGCUCUUAUACAAUUUUUUAUAGUAGAAGUCUAAAAAGAGAGUGAUUCAAAGCGAAUACUCCAAAUAUUUUCAUCAUAGAAUAUAUUAGUCUUGGACAAUCAA